AAACGUCAUGGACUGCUCAUGGAUCAAUUUCCACCCCGGCCAAUAGGUUGGGAUUUCGAUAGUAGUACAAACGAAAACGAUCAUCAUGAUGGCGAUGAGGGAAAUUCGAGUGGCAACGAUGAAGGAGGAGGAACAGAGGGAACAAGAGGAGGACAAGACAGAGACCAAGACAGCAGUCGAGAAGGGAAUCAUGGCGUGGAAGAGAGCAAGAGCCUCGAGCCAGAGGACCUCCCGCACAAGAAAAGACGGAGAGACAGACAAGAAGAAGAGCUGCCAAAAAGUUGCUGCCA